CGAGGGUUUGCUCCGCCCCCGGGGAUAGCCACCAUGGACGGGUACCAGCGGCCCUGCGACGAGAUUGGCUUCAAUGCUGAGGAAGCACAUAAUAUAGUCAAAGAGUGUGUUGAAGGAGUCUUGGGUGGUAAUGACUAUAACCAGAAUAGCAUCAACCAGUGGACCGCAAGCAUCGUUGAACAAUCUAUAGCUCAUUUGGUCAAACUGGGGAAAGCUUACAAGUACAUCGUGACCUGUGCAGUAGUCCAGAGGAGCCCAUAUGGAUUUCACGUGGCCAGCUCCUGUUUUUGGGAUACAACAUCUGAUGGCACCUGUACCGUUAGAUGGGAGAAUCGAACCAUGAACUGCGUUGUUAAUGUUUUUGCAGUAGCAAUUGUCCUAUAACAUGUGACACAGUAAAUGUGUUGGGUUAAAGCCAUUAACUUAAGUUUGUGAGUGUAUCCUUUCUUAAAAGUAACAAUUACAUAUUAAUGUGCUAGAUGACAAGUGUGCAAUAUGCUUAAAAGCUAUCAACAGAGAAUUGAUAUUGUAAGCAGAAGUCUAAGAGGAAGUUGGCAGAUUAUCUUGUAUUCUAUACAGCAUUAUUUAAGGACAUAAAAUGUUAGCCAACAAUUAAUGCAGAGAUACGGCUGACCUAAAAAUAGAAUCUUCUAAUUAUACAAGCCUUUCACUAGUAUUAUGUUCCCACAGAGAUGCUGAAAUCUAUUUAGAUACUAACAUUAAUAACUAGAAAAUGUGACAGGGAUAAGUAUGUGCAUAAAAAACGACAAGGAUCAAUGCAGAGAAAAUGACAUGAAUUAGCUAAUACCUUUUUGGUUUAAGUUUUUUCCUUCGUUGAAUUGCAUAUAGUAGUUCAUGGAAAGUAAUUUCGACACCCACAUGCCAGCCCCCUCGAAUGUUGUCAUUGCUGCUGUGCCUAACCAGUUUUGUUUUCCUGAGAACUGGCAAAUCCAUUGAUUGUCAAUGUCAGUUUCUUACAUUUACCCUUGAGGUGGGAUUAAAUACGAUCAACCAGAUUUCCUGGGUGAGCAAAAUUAGUUUAGUGUAUGAUCAACGAUGUAUGACUCAGACAACUGCCUUAUAAUCCACUCCUUCCACGGGGGACGGCUCACUAUUGAAUGUGUGCUCUGCAUGUUUCUCUGCCAGGCAGACAACUCUUAACGUUGUUUCCCCAGGUCAAGUUUGUUGGCAGCUAGCUGUUCAGUUGGAAAACUGGUGUUUAUGUUUGAAGGAAAACAAAAGAAAGGAAGAGAGUCUGGCCCUCUAUGGGAAAAUUAACUAGAAAGAAAGCACGAAUUGCUGACAGAAUUAUAGAUGUAGUUUUUAAGGGUUGCUUCCCACAAAGUAAUACAUCAAAUAUGCAACUCUUACUUAAAGGCCUUAUUACUAGUCUCAGCUAUACAGUAAUAAAUUUUAUCAUUGAAUUAGUUUCAACUAUGUGUGAAUAAUUUAAAAUACUUAAGUAGAGUUAGGACAAGAAUAGAAAAUACAUGUAAAGUGAACAAUCAUUAGCAGGUUAUCUAAUAUCUCAGGGCUUAUGAAAUAUAGUUCAAUUUAUUAAUAAAAUCAAAGAUAAAUAUUAGGAUACACAGCUGACCACCAAAUGCAAAGUCAGUCUGCCAUUUAACCUUGAACGUGAAAUCAAUUUCACAUAUUACCAUUGACACUCAAUCCAUAUAAACACUGGAAUUGCAAUUCAUUGAAUUUUGGGGGUAAGGAAAAGUUUAGUAUUAGUGGCAACAGCGAAACAGGAUUCUUGUAUGAGGACUCCGUGCAUGGCUGACAUUUUUGCUAAAUAACUGUAAUGACAAGAAUGCAAAGGUAGGGUUUAAUGAGGUGACCUGUAGCUUUGGCACAUCAGGAGUUCUUUGUCAUUACCUUUAUGUUACUUUAUGCUGCUGGCUCUUGUACCCCAGGAGAUUGUAACAGUGACCAAAUUAUCUGUGCAGUUAAGAUUUAUUCUUUGAUUAUUAUUGUUGAAGACUCAUUUUAAAAUUAUCAAAUCAUACCUCGUGAGCUUGCUAUCUGCUGUUUCUAGUUUAAAAUAUAAUAAAGACUAUCUUAUUGUGCUGAAAAA